GUAAUAGCCGAUUGCCGCGAACUUCCACCAUUUUUGCGGCGCACGUAUCACUUCGUCUUCAGGUAGCUUCCAACUCCUGCUAUAUAAAAACAUGCGGAGACGCGUAUCCCAUUGAGCAAGAGCGCCUCAAGAUUUUUGAACGCAACGACGAUUAAGCUGCUGGGAUCGGCUCUGCAUCAGCUCGUCCACCACCGCUAUCGCCGACGAUCAUGUGGGAAUUGAUGCCGACGAUCGAUCAGUACAGCGGCCUCGUCGUGUCGGUGUCAUCUUUCCUGAUCAUGCUCUUCCUCCAGCCCCUGGUCCAGAACGUCAUCUCGGCGAGCAGGAGCAUAUGCUCCGUGUCGCGGGCGCUCAUAAGCCUCCUCGCACACGACGACAGCGUCGUGGCUGCCGACGAAGACGACCGCGGCGUCGGCGCGCCCCCUCGACGGCGGCAUUGCGGGCAAUGCGCUCGGAGGAGCGCGUCGCGCUCCGACAUCGCAGCGGUCACGGCGAGCCUCGGCCUGGUCGCCACAGGCGCGGAGCUUGACGACGAGGAGGAUGCGUUCACCGCCGGUGGCGACGGACAGGCGUGCGGCGGGUGCGCGGCGAUGGCGGUGGUGGACGAGCUGAUGGAGAGCAAGGUGGCCAGCGAGGGCGAGCUGAGGGAGGCGUUCUACGUGUUCGACCGCGACGAAGACGGGUUCGUGAGCGCCGCGGAGCUGUGGAACGUGAUGCGGAGGCUCGGGAUGCCGGAGGGCGCGCGGUACGACGACUGCCGGAGGAUGAUCGCUGCGCACGACGGCGACGGCGACGGUAGGAUCAGCUUCCGCGAGUUCAGAGCCAUGAUGGAGAACGCGGUUUAAUUAGUUUAAUCAGCACCGUUUGAGUUGUCUUUUUCUUUCCGUCUCCGUUUGAGUUUGGUUACUUUGUUCUCACCGUGUCAUGCAUGGAGUACAUCCUUCGUUCG